GUGACUCGGCACUUUCUGGAGGGAGCGGAGGAAGCCAGUCGGAACAUUUCCCUUCUCUGGUCCACAUCUGGCAGCGCUGCGGUGUCCGCCAGCGGCCAUAUGUAACGUCGAACCAUUCAUUCCAGCGUCGGAGUGUUUGUGGGAGCAGUCGGAACCGGACCUGUGCGUCUUCAGCGUGGACCGCUGCGGGUUCUCUUCACGCCGUCGGAGCAACUCUUUGGACCGGAGCCGGGUGGUGACAGCGCGGAAACAUGAUCGAGCGACCAGAGACCGCGGUUCCGAGCAUCGCUCAGCGUAACCUGGAGGGCUAUGUUGGAUUCGCGAACCUACCCAACCAAGUGUAUCGGAAGUCUGUGAAAAGAGGAUUUGAAUUCACCCUGAUGGUCGUCGGUGAAUCCGGUCUUGGUAAAUCCACACUCAUAAACUCUCUGUUCCUGACCGACCUGUACUCCAAGGACUACCCUGGACCCUCCCAGCGCAUCAAGAAGACAGUGCAGGUGGAGCAGUCCAAAGUUCUGAUCAAAGAAGGAGGAGUCCAGCUGACGCUCACUAUCGUGGACACCCCAGGGUUUGGGGAUGCAGUGGACAACAGCAACUGCUGGCAGCCUGUCAUCAACUACAUCGACAGCAAGUGUGAGGACUUCCUGAACGCCGAGUCCCGGGUCAACCGCCGGUCCAUGCCCGACAAUCGGGUCCACUGCUGUCUGUACUUCAUCGCUCCCUCCGGACACGGGUUGAAGCCGCUGGACAUCGAGUUCAUGAAGAGGCUCCACGACAAAGUCAACGUCAUCCCUCUGAUCGCCAAGGCCGACACGCUGACCCCGGAGGAGUGUCAGCUCUUCAAGAAGCAGAUUAUGAAAGAAAUCCAGGAGCACAAGAUCAAGAUCUACGAGUUCCCAGACACGGAGGACGACGAGGACAACAAGCUCAUCCGGAAGAUCAAGGAGAAGAUGCCGCUGGCGGUGGUCGGCAGCAACGUGGUGAUCGAGGUCAAUGGCAAGAAGGUCAGAGGUCGUCAGUACCCCUGGGGCGUGGCCGAAGAGGGCAUUUUUGUGGAGAACGGAGAACACUGCGACUUCACUGUGCUGCGCAACAUGUUGAUCAGGACUCACAUGCAAGACCUGAAGGACGUCACCAACAACGUUCACUACGAGAACUACCGCAGCAAGAAGCUGGCAGCCGUCACCUGCAACGGCGUGGACAACACCAAGACCAAGGGCCAGCUGACCAAGAGUCCGCUGGCUCAGAUGGAGGAGGAGCGACGGGAGCAUGUGAUGAAGAUGAAGAAGAUGGAGGCCGAGAUGGAGCAGGUCUUUGAGAUGAAGGUGAAGGAGAAGAAGCAGAAGCUGAAGGACUCUGAGGCCGAGCUGGAGCGACGUCAUGAGCAGAUGAAGAGGAACCUGGAGGCUCAGUACAAGGAGCUGGAGGAGAAGAGACGAGUGUUUGAGGACGAGAAGGCCAACUGGGAGGCCCAGCAGAGAAUACUGGAGCAGCAGAAGCUGGACGCCUCCAAGACGAUGGAGAAGAACAAGAAGAAGGGGAAGAUCUUCUAAGGAGACGCAGACGCGUCACACUCAGAACACACUCACACACACACACACACACACACUCACACACACUAAUGCCAGUCGUAACGGCGCACACGUCAGAGGAGACCUCGCCGCCUCAGAUGUCGCAUGUUCCUGUGAAAUUCUAUUUUCUACCGAGCCGGAGGAAAGGACACCAGAGUGGAUAUGAGCGAGGGGCUGCAGGAGAGCAAGUGAGGAGGGAAGAUGCAAGUGGGGUUGGAGACCACACACACACACACACUCCAGAUUACAGGUCACAGUGCCAUUUCACUGUAGCAUUGUGAUGAGUGGAGUGGUCACACCAGGCAGAGGGUGAGGCAGAGUCCAGAUUAACACAGAUUACCUGCUGGGAAAAUCAUGAUUCUGUCUUUCCAGUGUUGGAAACUUUGGCCUGACGUCAGAAAGAGAAACAACUCACGCUGCCAUCUUUUGUUUUUAAACCUCACUGGUCAGAUUACGCAGAUAAUCUGUCACCCUUUUAUGAUUGUUGAUAUUAAAUGAGUGUCUGAUCUCAACCAAGGAGCAUCUUCGUGUAACCUGCUGAUUCAAACUUCAGAGGCCAAAUGGACUAAUCCAUGUGUUUACACACCUGAGUACAGGAGCCUGCUCUCUUGACUCUUUAAUCCAGACUGAUAGCAUUUUAUUCACUUGAAGUUGUCGAGCGACAUGAUCAUCGGAACUGUAAUAACCUUCAAAACUAGUUUAAUGCUUUGUUCUUAAGUGUUUUUUCAUACAUUCAUGUCUUAAAUUGAAGUGAGAAAACAAAAUGAAAGUGGCUGUGGGAGUGGGAUUAGGGAUUAUGACACCGAAAAAUCAGAUCUGACUGAAGAAGUCAGAUUACCUGGUGUGACGUGGUGUUGACAGUGUUUGGUCCCAGUUUGAGAUUAACAUAGAGACUAUUGGACCGGACUCUGGGAGGAGACAGGAAAAUGCAGUUCAAAAUAAAGUCCAUUUUAAUCCACAAUACUUUGGAUGACAUUUCUGGUUACGUGAUGUUUAGAAUGUCAGAUCAUCCAACUUUUCUGAAAACUCAUUAUUCCAUUUAGAUGAGGCAAUUUAAUUGAUCUCCCCGUUGAAAGUCAUUGGUGAAGUCUGCAGGCGUGUGCGGUUCUGCUGGACGCGCGCGUGCGUGUGCGCGUGUGACCGCUGCAGCGAGCGUCGGCCGUUUGACACGAGAGGAUCUGUCCAGAGGUGACGUCCUGUGGUCCGUGGCGUGUUUCUGAGGACGUUCAGUCAAUAAAAAAAGUAUAUUUUUAAACCUCUCCGUCUGGCGGGAUGACAGCGCCACCUGCCUGCUGGGACUCGACUAGCGAGGCAGCGGUUCAUUUCCAGUUUGACGCCGAGGAAACUUCGAUAUCGUGUGUGUGUGUUUUCUUUUCCUAUACUGACGAGUUCUCCCUGUCGGUACCAGACGAGGCGGAGGCGGGACAGGCGCGCCUGCUGCUCCCUGCUUCGCCUCCGAUGACGAUGUCGUGUACAUACGUUCUUCCUGCAGUUACUGCGUCACUUCCUCCCGAGAGCUUCCUGCGCUCACACUUCCUGUAUCCACAUAGAUAUCUACGCUUGGAUGGAUUUGUUUUCUCUUGUAAUAUUUACUUUUUUAUAUAUAUAUAUAUAUUUGUUCACCCUUCUGUUGUUUAUCCAGUGUCUUCUCUCUCUCACUGUACAUGGCUGUUAUGAUUAAAGAUGACAAGGUCCA